AUGUCCAGGGUACCAGCGGUUGUUCCUGAUCGUUCAACUAACCCUUUUCACAUAUCUGGAGACGUGGAUUUCUUCUUGCUCAGAGACCAAGAGCGGAAUAAGGCUCACUUGGAGCGGGAGCAGAAGAAAACCAUGCACGUGCACGAGAAGGUGACAUACUCCUCCAAGGUGUCAGCCAAGCACAGAAGUCUGCGGCGUGAGCUGCAACUGGAGGACGAAGCAGAAGAGCGCAAGGUAUGCGCUGAGACUGAGCAGCUGCGCGCCUUCCGCGACAACACCAUCUGGAAGCUUGCCAUCACUAAAGAAAAACGAAUGGAAUCAGAUAACAUAAACAGCUAUGUUGACCAGAAGCGGCAGAUGUUCCUCAUCCAGUAUGCCCUGGAGAUGAAGCGGAAUGAGAUCCAGCGGCUAGAGAUGCUGGCAGCCAAGGAGGAAGCCAAGCUGGAGCUGGCGGAGAAGUCUCUGGAGAAGGAUGCAGCUCUGUUUGAUGAGUUCCUCAGAGAGAAUGACCGCAGUUCCGUGCAGGCCCUGAGAGCGGCUGAGAAGGAGACCAAAGCAAAGAUAGAGAAGAUCUUUGAGUUCCGAGAUCUAACCACCCAGAUCAUGAACAUCAAAAGCGAAAUCUCUAAGUUUGAAGACACUCUGCAGCAUUACAAGAUCUAUAAGGAUUUCCUGUACAAGUUGUCACCCAAGGAGUGGUUUGACGAGCAGGAGAAGAAGCGGCUGGCUCUCAAAAAGGCCAAGGAGGUGGCCAACACCCCCAAGGAGAGCAGUGUGCCCUCCACUUCAGGAGACAAAGUCCCGCUUCUCCGCAGGUCGAGCUCUGGAAUCCUCCUGGAGGAGGACCCGGACAGCGACAGCGAGGAGCUGGAGCUCUACUUCACCGAGCCCCAGCAGCUCCUGGACGUCUUCACCAAGCUGGAGGAGCAGAACCUCUCACUGAUUCAAAACACGCAAGAGAUGGAAGAGACCUUGGAGGAGCUGAGCUUCACCCUGAAAAACACCCAGAACCGCAUGGACCGGGAGGUCAACCAACUGAAGCAAUGGAUCACCACAAUGAUGAUGUCCAUCGCCAAAGAGGAGGAGACAGCUGCCGAGCUAGAGCUCAAAGCCCGAGUCUUCUACUUCGGAGAGUACCAAGGCGCUCAGCAGGACAAACUGCUGGAAAGUCUGAACUGCAAGGUGCUGGAUGUGUAUCGGCACUGCAUCGGCACCCAGCAGGACACCAACCUGGGCACUGUGCAGAUGCUGACCAUCAUUGAGCACCAGCUGGACGAGCUGCUCGAGAGCCUGGAGCGUGUGCCCCCGGCCAAGAUUGACCAGGCCGAGAAGGCUAAAGAGAAGGAGCGCCGCAUGAGGCUACGGGAAGAGAAGGCCAUGUUACAGAAGCAGCUCCAGGAGGAGCGUCUACAGCGAGCCCGGGCCCGAGCCCACGCAGAGAUUAAGAAGAAAAAAGGCAGAAAACUGGUGUGCCGUUCCCGGCCCCCAGUUCUCAGAACAAAGGAAGAGUCUGAACACAUGUUUAUGGAUAAGGAAAAGGAAGAGCAGCUCUUCUUCUUCACCUAA